UGUAUUUCCGCCAACCCCCAGAGAUCGGCUCCCCAGGUCUCUUCGACCCUCCACAUCGAAACCCCGAACCCUCGCCUCCGCCAGCUAUCCUUGAAGCCAUGUGAUGGCCAGCCUCAACAUAACACAAGUAACCCGGCAAGAAAAGAAGUGUGAUAUCUGCUCUCGUUGUUUUGCUCGCUCGGAACACCUGAUCAGGCAUCGGCGGACACACACUAAAGAAAAGCCAUUCACGUGCCCAUAUUGCCGUAGAUCCUUUCAGAGAUCAGAUAUCAAGGCAGUGCACGUGAAGAAAUGUCCUGCGGCCCCAGUGGAUCAAAGCAAUGGCGAUACUACAACCGAAGGUGGCACGCGAAGACGUGUCCGCAUCGCCUGCGACAACUGUCGAAAACGCAAAAUGCGCUGUGACGGAAGUCCAACCUGCGCAUCUUGUCAAGCAGCAGGUUCUGUCUGUCAUUACAGUUGUUCCAGCGAGACACGGGCUCCCUCAAGUCAGGGAUCACGUCAAGGCAUCUCCAUCCUGGGAGACAUCGAUCCAGUCUUGCAAAAUGUCCACAUGCCAAUAGGUGACACACGCGGUUCGCCGUCGGCGACUCUUGACAUGACCAGCUCAAAUAUUGACAAGGCUUCAACUUUAGAUUCCAGUUUGGAAGUUGCGAAUGGCGGCAACAUAAUCCUGCCCAUGCCUUUCCCAGAGCUUAACUUUCAAGGCGUGGCUCCCGAUGAUUCAGCAGCACAAGUCUCAACGGAUAUUCAUAUGCCAGAUCUGACCUCCUUGAAUAUGCCACUCUCUGGUGAAAAUGCCUUCUUCAAUCUCCCAGAAAAUGACAUUCUCGGUGAAUUCUGGCAAACCCCAGUCAUGAAUAGCCAAUUCUGGUUCGAUGGCUCAGAAUUGGCAUGGAGUGCCGGGCUAUUUGACUCAAAUUCACCCCUUCACGAUCAUAUCUUGUCAUCGUCCAUGCAAGAUCUCACAGCGUCCAUGCAAGAAUACUUUGAUCGAAAAUCUCGAGCGCCCUCCCCUUCUUUAAACAAGGCCAGCAGAAUGUGGUAUUCCACCCCACCAAAUCUGGUUGACCACAAUAAAGACGUCCUUCGAGUCUUUCUUGGCAUAUUCCGCCGGCAUAUUCCUGAGACAUUUUCACUUUUCAAGGAUAACACUUCUGGACGACAGAAUCGUGCAGCAUACAUUCUGGCCAUGGCUGCCAUGGGGGGUCUUUUUUGCACCGUCCCCGGCAGCGCUCAAGUGGCCAAGUCACUGUACAACGAUGCGCGAAGGCUGCUUCUUGCACAUUUUAAUAUCAGAAAUGACCAGGAUGAAGUCACCAUCGGCAAUGAAGAGAAGCUUGUGGUAGUAAAGACCGUACUCCACCCUCAAAGACUGAUGUUUUGCUCACAGGCUGACAAUACGAAGUUCAUUCUUUUGGAGCUUUAUGGUCUGUGUAGCGGGGACAAGAGAAGCUAUGAGUUCGUCGAAGCUUUCCAUGGGAAUCUCAUCCAUUCAGUCCAAGAAUUCAGUCAAGCCUCACAAGGUCUUGGAGCGACUGACGAUAGAAACAACAGCUAUGUCCAGCUACUUGAAGCGCUUUACAUCUUGGACUGUUACCGCGUCAUCAUCAUGCAGCGCCCUGCAUCCUCAUCUUGGCAACGCGCCGAUAUUUUUGUUCAGCAAUCACUGCUUGAUACCCCGGUCUCUCAUUUAUCAGCACUAAUUGCGGAGCUUAAUGACGGAAACCACAACUCCGUAUUACAGACCUCUAACACCUUUGGUUUGGCCAGUUUAGCUUCUUUGAGUACUCAUCUUUGGCCAGCGAUUUAUUCACGACAGAAUAGAUAUGGGGCAGAUAAAGUUUUGAUAGAAAGCUUGUCGCUAUGGAACCCUAGCUAUGUCGAGUUGGCUUGCGACAACUGGCUUCGGACGGUCGGACAAGCACAGGAGCCAACUCAUCUCACUGUCUACCACAUGAUGAACAUUAUGCUUCAUGCCAAUUUGACAGUCCUGCAAAGUUUUGCCCACUCGUCUCCAGGUUCAGCAGUGCGAGACCCAAAGAAAAGUUCGAUUGCGAAGGAGAUUGUCGCGUGGGCACAGGACAGGAACUUCAAGAUAUCAUGCUGGCACGCGGAAAACAUGAUUGCAUCCAUUGAAGGAGCAUUUUCAGUGCCCAGUUCAAGGACUGAGCAUGGAUAUCACCAUUCACAUCACGCUUCAUCUAACCCGGAGCAGCGGAGGCUACCAUACGAAGCACCACACGUUCCAUAUGCGGUGUACUAUGCCACAUUGGUCUUGUGGUGUGGCUCUGUGAUUGUGAAUGGAGUAGUCACGUCCUCAACUGCUGCUCUUGCUCAGAUUGCUAGAGGAGAGCGCGUCCUUUCCUUGCACAAGGUGCAUAUCGCCCAGCUUCUCGCACGAGUUCUGCAUGAGGUAAAGUAGGGGGUCUACUCCUGUCUCUGGUCGAUCCUCUAAUCACAUUUGCUACAUUAAUAAGUGGCCCGACUCCAGUGCUAUUUUCUUAUUCUUUUUGAGAGACGUUUUCCACGGCGAUGUCCCGCUCAUAUAGAGGUCGUCAAUCUGCUCUAGGCU